UCUUCUUCUUCCUCGAGCAGUUGCAGAGCUAAAACCCUGAGCCGUCGUGAUGGUGGCCGAGCUCGAUUGUGUGCUAAUUGACUUGUUUUCGUCGCAUUUUGCAGCAUUAGUGCGUGGAUUUAUCCCAUUCUUUUCGGUAUUUUUGUGCUCGCCAUGAUAGCUGCACUGGAAUUUUUUUCUUCGCGGAAACUUCCGUCGGUUGUGAGGCUUUCCUGUGGAUGGCGCGGCGUUUUCAAUGCUGGAAUGGAGUGCAGCGACCGGGAGCGGUUUCAAUACGGUAGGGGAUGUUCGGAGAGUUUCGCUGAAGGAUUUUUUGCGUUAGAGCGGAGCAAGUUAGAAUUAGGUGUAGGUGUUCGAUGGUUUGUGGCGACGUCGUCCCUGUUUAGGAUUGCGUCUAAGUUUUCUCGAAGUAGUCCGAAGGUGGAGAGGAGCCUUGGGGUGGAGGGAAACGAUGAGAGAUCGGGCUUGGGAUCGAAAGUCCGACAUGGUCCAAAUUUAGCUUUCAAGUCGUUGAAUCAGACAGGAUUGCAGGAUUCGACGAAGUCUGUGAUCUUAGGCUCCUUACUCGGAGACAGUACUCUUCAGAUUGUCAAAGGUGAGAACGACUGUAGGUUUUUUUUUCGUAUCAGUAAAGUGGAUGAAGAGUACUUCAAGUGGAAAGCUGCUUCGCUGAAGGAGAUCUCGGCCAUGAAUUCUGUGCAUUUAGGUGCUAGUAAUAAAUUUCUGUUUCAAAGUCGAGCUGUGGAUUCAUUGACGAAAAUAUAUCAGGUCACACAUAGUAGAGAGGAAUUGAUUCUACGUAAGAGAUGGUUAAGCCAUUUGACGCCCCAGUCCCUAGCCGUCUGGUGGUGCGAUGCGGGCUCAUUAGUAGCUGGUGGACGUAAGGGUGAGUUGCGCACAGAUCCUUUUUCCGAGGACAGAGUUAUUCUUAUAUCUCGAUAUCUGGAGGAUGAAUGGAAGGUUCAUGCACAUGUCGGACAGGUAAAGAGCACCAAUAAUGACAGGUCGGUGAAGGAAGCUUUUGUGUAUCGGCUGUCAUUUCGCACAGAGGAGCUGAAGAAAUUUCUGAGGAUAGUCCUUCCUCACAUACCUGUUGCGAGCAUGUUGAGGAAGUGUUUUGUUGCUAGCAACAGCAAGGCGCUCGAAGAAAGCUGGAUAUUAGAAAUGAAAACAGCCGUUCCUCAUUUUUCAGAAUAUAUUGAUGAAGAGCUACGGAAGAUGCGGAAAGGCUCCACUUCAACUUCUGUGGGAUCAAGAAGCUCUAAGUCAUCGAAGUAGAUAUGUAUAAAUCGGAUUGCGAAUUCUAAGAUUCAUAGCAAACGAGCCCUCAGCUGCAUAAAUUGUGCAAGCAGGCUAACAGAUAAUGCGCAUAUCUAUGACGAAAGAUUAAAUGGUAUUAGGGCUUUCAAUGCUAGAUGAAGAAAGACUGGGAGGCUGGGGGAUUGUCCGCAAAUCUCUGCAUCGGGUACCCAAUUCAAUUCAAUAUUGACUUGACAGAAGGACUGAAUUACAUGGUUUUCAUGUUUUGGAAAAAGUUCUUUUGAAAUGUAGGGAUAAACAUUCCCAUUGAUCAGAAAAUAAAUACAUUGCUUAGGUAGAAAUUGGUAGAUCUUUAAAUGUUGUGAAGUCUCUCUUCUAGACUCUCCAGCGCUUUACAGCUUUCAGACUGUGCAGGAUUCUAAGGGCUCAUCAAAAGAGCUUAAAUUUAAGGGUGGUAUGGAGAAAUAACUCUUUCGAUAUUGUCCAUUUGUGUUCAUCCUUUUGCUAUAACAAAAACAAAUUUGGACGUUUGUGAUAA